GAAAAAUCAAAAGAACACUGCGAUGGCUCCUCGAGGAACCAAGCGCAAACCUUCUUCCAAAUCCUCAAAAAGAAGAAGAGUGGAUUGCAUCGGCGAAUCAAUCACCAAAGUUUCCAUGACCAUGGCCAACCAUUUGUUCUCCAAACAAGAAUACAAAGAAACUAACAUCGUGUUUUCGCCAUUGUCGAUCCACGCGGUGCUCAGCAUGAUCGCUGCUGGUUCCAAGGGUUCCACUAAGCAUCAGCUUCUCGAAUUCCUCCAAUCCGAGUCCAGAAAACAACUCAAAUCCUUAUCCUCUCAACUCGUUAACUCUGUGCUCUCCGAUGCUUCUCCCGCCGGUGGACCUCGAGUGUCUUUCGUCAAUGGUGUGUGGGUUCAACAAUCACUUUCUUUUCGACGUUCCUUCAAAAAAGUAGCGGCCACUUGUUUUAAAGCCAAUAUUGCCUCAGUUGAUUUCUCAAAGGAUGCUGAAGUGACCAAUGAAUUGAAUUUAUGGGCUGAAAAAGAGACUAAUGGCCUCAUCAAAGAGCUUCUUCCUACAGGAUCAGUCAACAGCUCAACCAGGCUCGUCUUUGCUAAUGCAUUAUACUUUAAAGGAGCAUGGAGUGACAAGUUUGAUGCUUCGUUAACGAAAGAUGACGAUUUUCACCUUUUGAAUGAUAGCACAGUCAAGGUUCCCUUCAUGAGGAGCUAUAAGAAGCAAUUUAUUCAAGCUUAUGACAGUUUUAAAAUUCUCCGUCUUCCUUAUGCACAAGGCGAAGAUAAGCGCGAAUUCUCCAUGUAUAUUUUUCUUCCAGAUGCAAAAGAUGGAUUGUCAGCUUUGGUUGAGAAGUUGGCUUCCGAAUCUGAGUUACUUGAUGACAAGCUCCGAGAUUUAAAAUAUGGGGUAGUGGUGAAGGUAGGUUACUUCAGGAUUCCAAGAUUCAAAAUUUCAUUUGAGCUUGAAGCUGGUAAAAUUUUGAAGGAAUUGGGAUUGGUUCUACCUUUCUGUCCUGGAGGUUUUAACAAAAUGGUAGACUCUUGUGAAAACCUUUCUGUUACAAACAUAUUUCACAAGUCUUUCAUUGAAGUGAAUGAAGAAGGCACUGAAGCUGCUGCUGCCACUUUUGCACGAAUGGCAAUGGGUAUUUCACCUCCAAUAAACUUUGUAGCUAACCACCCUUUCUUAUAUCUGAUUAGAGAAGAUUUAACCGGAACAGUCAUCUUUGUUGGACAAGUACUCAAUCCUCUUGCUGAGUGAUCUUGACGAUAGCUAAAUAAGAAACCUGAUUUCUAAUAGAUAUGCAUUUGAAAAGCUUAUGUAUUUCUUUGAUUUUCUUUCUGGUUCAAAUGCAGGUAAUUCAAAUUCGUUCUCAAGUGAAAAGAUAGAACAAAUGAAUUUGGAUUCACAUGCGGUUAAAAGAUCAUAUGAAUAUAUGAGAUCACUGAG